AUGGCUGGUAGCACGUAUCGCCGAAGCAGCACAGACCGUCUGGACCUAAAAAUCCUCGCUCUUAAACCACCCACCCCCCCACUCCUCCGAAUCGUACCUCUCCUCUCUGGCCUGCAACCGUCAAUCUCAUCACCUAUCAUCACCCCUCACACUUCCCUCUCCUCUCUGGACUGCUAUGUCACAUUCAUCCCCCACUCCCUCACACUUCCCUCUCCUCUCUGGACUGCUAUGUCACAUUCAUCCCCCACUCCCUCACACUUCCCUCUCCUCUCUGGACUGCUAUGUCACAUUCAUCCCCCAUUCCCUCACACUUGCCUCUCCUCUCUGGACUGCUAUGUCACAUUCAUCCCCCACUCCCUCACACUUCCCUCUCCUCUCUGGACUGCUAUGUCACAUUCAUCCCCCACUCCCUCACACUUCCCUCUCCUCUCUGGACUGCUAUGUCACAUUCAUCCCCCAUUCCCUCACACUUGCCUCUCCUCUCUGGACUGCUAUGUCACAUUCAUCCCCCAAUCCCUCACAAUUCCAUCUCCUCUCUGGACUGCUGUGUCACAUUCAUCCCCCACUCCCUCACACUUCCCUCUCCUCUCUGGACUGCUAUGUCACAUUCAUCCCCCACUCCCUCACACUUGCCUCUCCUUUCUGGACUGCGAUGUCACAUUCAUCCCCCACUCCCUCACACUUCCCUCUCCUCUCUGGAAUGCUAUGUCACAUUCAUCCCCCACUCCCUCACACUUCCCUCUCCUCUCUGGACUGCUAUGUCACAUUCAUCCCCCACUCCCUCACACUUGCCUCUCCUCUCUGGACUGCUGUGUCACAUUCAUCCCCCACUCCCUCACACUUCCCUCUCCUCUCUGGACUGCUAUGUCACAUUCAUCCCCCACUCCCUCACACUUGCCUCUCCUUUCUGGACUGCGAUGUCACAUUCAUCCCCCACUCCCUCACACUUCCCUCUCCUCUCUGGAAUGCUAUGUCACAUUCAUCCCCCACUCCCUCACACUUCCCUCUCCUCUCUGGACUGCUAUGUCACAUUCAUCCCCCACUCCCUCACACUUGCCUCUCCUCUCUGGACUGCUAUGUCACAUUCAUCCCCCAUUCCCUCACACUUGCCUCUCCUCUCUGGACUGCUAUGUCACAUUCAUCCCCCACUCCCUCACACUUCCCUCUCCUCUCUGGACUGCUAUGUCACAUUCAUCCCCCACUCCCUCACACUUCCCUCUCCUCUCUGGACUGCUAUGUCACAUUCAUCCCCCAUUCCCUCACACUUGCCUCUCCUCUCUGGACUGCUAUGUCACAUUCAUCCCCCACUCCCUCACACUUCCCUCUUCUCUCUGGACUGCUAUGUCACAUUCAUCCCCCACUCCCUCACACUUCCCUCUCCUCUCUGGACUGCUAUGUCACAUUCAUCCCCCACUCCCUCACACUUCCCUCUCCUCUCCGGACUGCUAUUGUCUUUGUUCUCCCUCCUUUCCGCAAGGCUCAGUGCUGCUCGCCUUUCCAGCUGUGCAGAGUGCUGCUGACGUGGAGGCAGUGCGGAAUGAGCUGGCAUUCAUGGAGAAACUCAAGGGACACAUCAGCAUUUUUCGGAUGAAGCAGUCUGCCGACACGCACAGGGUAUGUUACCCUUGUCCGUUAAAUGUUUGA